UAUACUGUAUACUGUAUUUUAUCAGUGGUUCAACUGUAUGUGUGUACCAAAUUGAGUAUCUUUGAUCCUGGUGGAGUUACGUGCACAUUAGAUUUGUUGUGUGUAUAAAAUCGUUUCUUUUAUGCAUCAAAAUUCGGUUUAUAUUUUAAAUACGUUAUGUAUAUAGUGGUUUUUGUAACGGGUGAGGGGAGUACUGUAUACUGGUCGUAGGUGGCGUGCCACUGCAUGAUCGCGUGAUUGUCUAUUAAUCAUUUGGCUUUAGUUUAUCUUAUUGCACAUCGAUCUUUGAUACUUUUGCUAGUUUGUUGUGUUGUCAUCUUUGUUUUCGGGCCGUGAUGCCAGAGGAUUCAAAUGACGCGUUGGCCGACGGCCGCUCUGUUGGUAGGGGUGCCGGUGGCAAGAAUUCGAUUGACACUUCUAUUGAUUCUGUUAGCAGCAAGAAGAGUUGCCCUGGUGUGGAUUCGUGUGACAGUUCCAACGUCCAUGACGGUAAGGACGGGGGUGUAGUAUCGUCUGACGUUUCUUCGUCAUCAUCUGUGGUUGGUGACAAGUCAGUACCCCGCGCAGAGCCUUGUUCCAGUGAUGAUAAGGGCGCAAGUUUGGAAAAUGACGGUAAAUCUGUUGUUGGCGAUCGUCGUGGUCCAAGUGUAAAUGCUGCUCACGCUCGUCGUCUAGUGACGGACACUGCUAACCUUGAUAUCGAUAGGUUUGUGGACGCCAUGGGUUCCCAACAAGCUGGUACUCGGUCUGACAGUGAGGAGAGUAUGCAGAUGAAUGAAACCAAUCGCAUGUUGCGUGAGUUGACUGCAGACUCGGAGUUGAUGAAUCAGGUGAUGCGUGCUGCUACUAACCCUGAGAUGGCUAAGGAGCUUGCUCGUCAGGCUGACACUGCUUGGCGCAAUAUCGAGGCGUUGCCUGGUGGUUUCCGUGCUUUGUGUCAGAUGCAUCGCAGUAUUCAGCAACCCCUAUGGCAGGCUAUGACUAAGGACAACCGCAAGGUAUCCAUGACUUUGAAGGGCUACGACAGAUUGGUUACUCCCAAGCCCAAUGAGCUACUCAACGUUGAAGCCUUUCCUAACCCUUGGGCUACUCCUCAAAGUACAUAUCCAUCUGUACCCAACUCGGGUGCUUCUGGCAUGGCUAUGAAUGCUUCUUUGGCUCACCUUAGCAAUUUUUUCAAUUCAUCGGCUUUAACAGGUCAGCCUCGUGUUAGUGCCUCUGUUGGAAGUGAGGGUGCUAAUUCCGUAUCCAGUCAUUCUAGAUUUUCAUGCCAGGGCACUGAAUCUUCCAGUGGAGCAUCUGGCAACACGUCCAUUGAGGAGCCUGUUGCUUCAAAGUCUGCAUCAAGUGAUCCUGAUGAUGCGCCAUCCAUUUCACUACCAAGCGACGUACGGUACGCCCAUGAGUUGCAGCAGAUGCUGGACAUGGGCCUCGAGGACCGUGAUUUGUGUAUAACUGUAUUGGAGGCAUCGGAUGGCGACCUCGUGGCCGCCAUAGACCUCUUCCAAAGCUUAAGUGAACCUGACUCCGGGAAGGGCAAUCAGGGCUAACAACAACACGCCGCUUUGGGUGUCAAUAUAUACUAUAUUUU